GGUCAUGUGACAGCGGCGAAGCCAAGAUGGCGGCGUCCGGCGCGGAUCUGCAGUAGCUGCCAGGGCGCUGCUGCCGAUGGACGCCCGCUGAGCGCGGCAGGACUCCGAGAGCGGGCGGCGCAGCUGGAGCCAUGUUCAGCAAGGCCGUGCUGGCGGAGGCGCUGGUGGUGUUCGCCGUCGUGCUGCUGGUGCACGCCGCGGUGUGGGACCGCUUCUCCUGGUGCGCGCUGGCUCUGGCCGUCCAGGCCUUCUAUGUGCAGUUCAAGUGGGACCGGCUGCUGCAGCUGGGGGGCGCUGUGUUCCAGUUCCGCACCGCAGCCAACAGCGGCCUCCUGCCGGCCAGCAUGGUCACGCCCCUGCUGGGCAUAGUGAUGAAGGAGAGGUGCAAGGCUGCCGGCAGCGUCUACUUGGAGCGCUUCGGCAUCGUGGUAGCCUCCGCGGGCAUGCUGGUUGCCCUCUUCCUAUCUGUCAUCGCGGUUGGCAUCACCAAGCCUGUGCCAACCAACACCUGCAUCCUGACGGGGGUGGCUGGCAGUGUCAUUAUCUAUACUAUGAAGCACUCCCUGACUGUCUCAGAGGUGAUAGAGGUCCUGGAGGUGCUGCUCAUCUUCGUCUACCUCAGCAUGAUCCUGCUGUACCUGCUGCCGCGCUGCUUCAGCCCCGGCGAGGCGCUGCUGGUGCUGGGCGCCCUCAGCUUCGUGCUCAACCAGCUCAUCAAACGCUCCCUGAGCCUCGUGGAGGGCAGGGGGGACCCCAUCGAUUUCUUCCUCCUGGUAGCAGUUGUUGGAGUUGUUCUUCUUGGGCUCUUUUUUGCCGUUCUCUUCCUUUUCCUGGACUCGGGGACGUGGAUCUCCUCCCUCUUCUUCCACACGAUGACAGCAGUGCUGGGCCUGGGGGUGGUCAUGCCCUGGCUCUACCGACUGAUCCAGAGGAACCCUUUGCUCUGGCUGCUGCAGUUCCUCUUCCAGACGCAGACCAGGGCCUGCCUGCUCCUGUACUGGGCCUGUCUGGCCGCCUCGGCCUGCGCCGUGGUUUGGUACCAGAACGCGAAGCGAUCGUCUGGCUGCAAGAAGCACCGAGCCUCCACCGCCACCAGGAAGCAUUUCCACCUCAUUGCUGUGGCCACUUACGUCCCGGGGCUGGUCCUUGACCGCCAGCUGCUGCACCUGGCCGCGGCUCUGUGCCUGGCUGUCUUCAUCUUCCUGGAGUACGUUCGGUACUUCAGGAUCAAGCCCUUCGGCCAAACCCUCAGGCAGCUGCUGUCUCUCUUUCUGGAUGACAGAGACAGUGGCCCUCUGAUCCUGACUCACAUUUAUCUCCUCCUGGGCAUGUCCCUGCCCGUGUGGCUGUUCCCCAGGGCUUGUGCUCCACAGGGCGCUCUGGCCGGGGCAGGAGCACUGGUGCCCUACUCGGGGGUGCUGGCAGUGGGGGUGGGAGACACCAUUGCCUCUGUCUUUGGCAGUACCAUGGGGGAAAUCAAGUGGCCAGGAACAAAGAAGACUGUUGAGGGGACCGUGACAGCUAUCUUUGCUCAGAUCAUUGCUGUGGCUCUGAUCCUGCUCUUCGACAGCAGUGUGAACCUCAACUCCAGCUAUGCCUGGAUUCUGGCAGCCAUCAGCUUGGUCUCUCUUCUGGAGGCUUACACCACCCAGAUUGAUAACCUGCUGCUGCCACUCUACCUCCAGAUCCUGUUUAUGGCCUAGCAACACUGCAGAAGCAAAGAUUCCUCCCUUUCUGGAGGAGAGAGGUAGUGGAACAGGCACUGCAGUGAGAGCUCUGAGCUGGGCCAGGCACUGCUGAGGGACAGUGACUGAAAGUGUCAAACAGCACAGACCUGUCUCAGGGGGGUUGGUUUGCUUCCAGGUUCUUUCCCUGUGUAAGCCAGCAGGAGCUGCUUUCUGUUCUCACAGAGUCACAGACACAACUGAUUAAAAUGAGCAUUUGUGUGUCCUUA